CAUUUUCUUCUUCGUCAGCCUCCCUUCCACCGCCAUAUUGGGCGACUAAGAAAAGGGGGCUCGCCUUUUCGGGGUGUUCUUCUCCCCGUCCCCUCUUUCUCAUCCCCCCCUCUGCGACCCUGACGCCGGCCAGGUUUGGAGAGCCGCUCGGUUCGCGGGGACCCGCGGGCUUGCACCGGCCUGGACCCGGACGGGCUCGGCCGCCCCCCGCCUCUCGCCUCUCCCCUCCCCUCCCCGCCCUCCCGCUCGCCGGGACACUUGAUCGGCGGAGACUCGGGGCUGCCUGGCCGGGGCUUCCCCCUCACCCCUCCCUCGACCCAGCGCGCUCCUGACGUUCGCCAGUUACUCGUUGGGGUUUGUUUCUCUUGGCUCCCAGGGCAGUCGCAGGGCUUAUAAGAGCAGCAGUUCGGGGCUGGGUCGGGGCGUUUUGUUUUGUUCGGUUUUGUUUUCCGAGCGAGAGAGAGAGAGAGAGAGAGAGAGAGAGAGCGAGAGCGAGAGAGCGAGAGAGAGGCGGUCGUCCAGACCUGGGAGGAAGAUGUCAACCGUGCGAGUGUCUAACGGGAGCCCGAGCCUGGAGCGGAUGGACGCCCGACAGGCCGAGUACCCCAAGCCCUCCGCCUGCAGAAACCUCUUCGGCCCCGUGGACCACGAAGAGUUGACCCGGGACUUGGAGAGGCACUGCCGAGACAUGGAAGAGGCGAGCCAGCGCAAGUGGAAUUUUGAUUUCAAGAAUCACAAGCCCCUGGAGGGCAGAUACGAGUGGCAGGAGGUGGAGAAGGGCAGCUUGCCCGAGUUCUACUACCGAGCCCCGCGGCCGCCCAAAGGCGCCGGUAAGGUGCCCGCGCCGGAGAGCCAGGAUGUCAGCGGGAGCCGCCCGGCGGCGCCUCUCGUCGGGGCCCCGGCGACCUCCGAGGACGCGCACUUGGGGGAGCCAAAGACUGAUGCGUCGGACGGCCAGCCGGGCUUAGCGGAGCCGUGCGCCGGGAUGCGGAAGCGACCUGCCGCCGACGAUGCCUCUUCUCAAAACAAAAGAACCAACAGAACAGAUGAAAAUGUGUCAGACGGUUCCCCGAACGCGGGCUCCGUGGAGCAGACGCCCAAGAAGCCGGGCCUCCGAAAACGUCAAACAAUUGAGAGUAUGUUUCCUUGUUUAUCAGACAUCUCACUGCUUGGCGAAGCAAGGAAGAUAUGAAUUAAACAUUUUAAAUACAUAUCGCUGACUCCAUGGAAUGGAUGUCCUGUAUAAGCACUGAAAAGGAACAACACAAUAACACUAAAAUUUUAGGCACUCUUAAGUGAUCUGCCUCUAAAAGCAUUGGAUGUAGCAUCGUGCAAUUAGGUUUUUCCUUAUUUGCUUCAUUGUACUACCUGUGUAUAUAGUUUUUAGCUUUUAUGUAGCAUAUAAACUUUGGGGAAGGGAGGGGAGGGUGGGGAGGGUGGAGCUGAGGAAUUGGCUUUGGUAGGUAUGAAGAGCUUGCUUCGAUUUAGAGCAAGGAGAAAAUUAUUUGACUUAACAUGAAGAGAAGCAGUUUAAGGAAGGGGUUUGAAUUGUUUUCUUUAAAGAUGUAAUGUCCCUUUCAGUGAAAACUGAUAACUUCGUUUUAAAAAUCAUCCAAAUUUGAACACUGGCUACAAAUAAUUGCUAUUUAUUUUUUACAUGAAGCUAUUUUUUCAUUUGGGAGCUCUGAUGAUUCCGUUAUGUAGCAGUAAAUGGCUUUUUUUUUUUUUUAAACAACAAAAAACUGUCCUUCUCAGUACUCCCCUUAAAAUUGGAAUUUACCAGUUAAUUAUUUAGCAGCUAGGUAAUCACUCCAGGUAAUUAUAGGCAAAAAAAUAAAAAUAAAAAUAAAUGGAGGGGGGAGUCUGAAUGCUCAGAAUCAACCAUCUAAUUUUUACCAGAUUUGUUGAGAAAAUUUCUGAAUUUUCUUUUCACUUUGGGAUAUGUAGACACAGUCAAAAUAAUUCUAAAUCCUUGGAUAUUUUUUAAAAGAUCUGUAAGUAAUUUCACAUGAAAAAUAAUGAAAUAAUUUUAAAUUUAAAGUUUCUUAUUCUCUUUGCUAAUUUGCCCAAAGGAAAGUAGUGUUUUAAGAGGUAAGUGUGUAUACAAAAAGCCCGUCUAUAAGUGAAAUGGAUACUACAUCUUUAAACAGUAUUUUUCAUUUCCUGUGUAUGUGUAUGAAACAAAACCAUUUCAAGUGUACCUGUGUACAUAACUCUGUAAAGACACUGAAAAAUUAUACUAACUUAUUUAUGUUAAAAAAGAUUUUUUUUUUUAAUCUAGACAAUAUACAAGCCAAAGUGGCAUGUUUUGUGCAUUUGUAAAUGCUGUAUUGGGUAGAAUAGAUUUUUCCCCCUUCUUCUGUUAAAUAAUAUGGCUGUGCUUAAAAGGUUGCAUACUGAGCCAAGUAUAAUUUUUUGUAAUGUGUGAAAAGAUCCAAUUAUUGUUACAUAUCAAACAAUCAAUAAAGAAAGCUUCCAUAGCUAUUCAUUGA